CUUGCCCUGCUCAGCGCCUGCACGUCACGCUCGGGGGUGUUGUCUUUCCCCGCGAUGUCCCUGCACAUGGUAACUUUGGACGCCUGUGCUCGCUCCCUCCGCCCGUGACCGUCUGUCCAGUCCCAGGCCCGGCCGGCACCCGGGGCGGAGGGGGCUCCCCCCUGCAGUUGCUGCGGGCGCCCCUGCGCGGCCAAGGCGCGGCGGGCGCCGUGACUCAGCCCGGGGGCGGAGCGGGGCGGGACCACCCCUAUAAGGCGCGGGCCGCGGGGUUUGCGCCAGAGCGUCGCCACCUGCGCAGCACUAUGCCGCCCUACACCGUUGUCUACUUCCCGGUUCGAGGGCGUUGUGAGGCCCUGCGCAUGCUGCUGGCGGACCAGGGCCAGAGCUGGAAGGAGGAGGUGGUGCCCAUGGAGACCUGGCAGCAGGGCUCGCUCAAGGCCUCCUGUCUGUAUGGGCAGCUCCCCAAGUUCCAGGAUGGAGACCUCACCCUGUACCAGUCCAAUGCCAUUCUGCGUCACCUGGGGCGUUCCCUCGGGCUGUAUGGGAAGGACCAGCGGGAGGCAGCCCUGAUGGACAUGGUGAACGACGGCGUGGAGGACCUGCGCUGCAAAUACGUCAGCCUCAUCUACACCAACUACGAUGCCGGCAAAGAGGACUAUGUCAAGGCCCUGCCGGGGCAGCUGAAGCCUUUUGAGACCCUGCUGUCCCAGAACCAGGGAGGCCAGGCCUUCAUUGUAGGCAACCAGAUCUCCUUCGCUGACUACAACCUGCUGGAUCUGUUGCUGAUGCAUGAGGUCCUGGCCCCCGGCUGCCUGAAUGCAUUUCCCCUGCUCUCGGCCUAUGUGGCGCGCCUCAGUGCCCGGCCCAAGCUCAAGGCCUUCCUGGCCUCCCCUGAGCACGUGAACCGCCCCAUCAAUGGCAAUGGGAAACAAUGAGGGCCUGUGGGACCCUCGGGGGAGACAGAGCCUGCUUGCCUGCCUUUCCCCAUGACCAAUAAAAUUUCUAAGAGAGC